CGGUUGUCAACAUGUAUUGACCUUACACUUCAUAUGACAUUGGUGCGUGGGGUUAUCUGUCGUAUAUUGCACACGGACAAACACUUUGUACAGUUGUAGAUAAAUUUACAUACAGUAAAUAGCAUUACGUUGACAAUCCCACCAUCAUAUCCGCUUUCUUUCUUGUCAUCUCUCCAUAUAUGCUACGUAGGCCUACGGCACAGUGUGGGUAACGAACAAUUUUGUGCUGUGAUUUUAUUAAUAAUAGUGCCUAUAUUUAAUUUACAUAUAUAUGGAUACUUUUGAUAUGAUAAUGGACUGCCAGAAAACAAGAAAUGUAAUUUAAGUUUUGUCCAACUACAGAAGACGGAGAAAGAAAGAAAUCCUAUCACUAGCUUAUUGACAACAACAAUGAGUUUUAAUCCUAUCGAUGUCAGCUUUCAAACCACUUCCACAGAUAAAGAUGAGGAAAUUACCGAACCAUGUGAUUUGGAAACUAAGCGAUUAUGUGCUGAUGGAAGUUGUAUUUUUAAAAAUGCUCUCUGUGAAGAAGAAGAAGUUAUGAAUCAGAAUACCAUACUGAUAAUGAUAGUUGUUGGAAUGGCUGUUGUGAUAUUUCUCAUUAUUUUAUAUUGCUUUCAACAAAAAACACAAACUCGAACUAACACAACUAACAGAGACUCAAUGUUUGAAGCUGGAUUAGGGGAAGGAGAUAAUGCAUCUUUGUAUAAUCCACCACCACCUUAUGAUGAAGUUAUAACAUCUGGUCUUUAUCCUGCAACACCUCAAUCUCAAAGACAGACUCGAAUCUCAUCUUCUGAUGAACCAAUGACACCCCCACCAAAUUAUGAAGCUGCUCUAAACAUUCUUGCUCAAAGUCAUGAAUCUGUUUUAGUGAAGGGUGCUAAAUCCUCUGUUUUUCGUAGAAGUGUUUCUGUGGAUAGUGUUUCUCGACAAAAUAGAUCUAGUCCGAGUGGAACAUCUAGACAGUUUUCAUUUUUUCAAUCUAUAGGAUCGUAGCAAUGGUUGGUUGUUUGCUUUUUAGAUAAGUGAAAAUGUGUGCAAUGAUGGAGUAUCUGUGAUUAUUUUAGAAGAGAUAAUUAAUAUGUUAUUGGAGGGUAUUGUUUCUGUUAAAAUUGGGAAUGAUUUGUUGAAUGAAUGGUAAUGUUUUUAAUAGCUAAAUUGUAUAUAUAGUUUUAUUAGUAAUUUACACAUGCAAAAUAUGAAAUCUCCAUAAUUGUAGAUAUAUCCUGCCAUAUUUUAAGCAAAGAAUGUUCUUAGAAAGUUGUAUUAGUUUAUGAAAUUGAAAAUAUUUUGUGUUCAUUUAUCAAAUGAUGAUGUCCAAUUGUUAAUGUGUGGAAGAGAUUUUUGUAAAUAUGGGCUAAAGAUGUGCAGAUAGAACAUAUCACCAUAAAAUUUAUGUCUUUAAGGUAACAUUGUGUAAAUGUGUAAAUCAUAUGCAUUACUUGAGAUUCAGUUUAUUAACCUUAUGGCAUGGUGCAAGAAAAUUUGAUCAAUAGAAUUUCAUAUGGGCCCCAUUAUUAUUAUUAUCUUGUAUCUUAUGGCAUGGUGCAAGAAAAUUUGAUCAAUAGAAUUUCAUAUGGGCCCCAUUAUUAUUAACUUGUAUCUAGUAUUUUUGAUAAAAAGAAAAUAACUUAAGACAUAAUUAGAAUGUCUAUUUACUGUUUUGUAAAGAAAUUAUAUUAAAGAUGCAUUAUUGCUAGGUCUUUAUUUUGGCUUCAAAUGUUAUGUAAACUAUUAUUUAGACAUCUAUUCACAUGACAAGCCAAUAAUCAACUCUCUAGAGCAUCGGAUGGCAGAGAUUUAAAUGGAUUGAACACAAUUGCCAUUUAAAGAUUUAAUUUAAAAAUGGUGAAACGAGGCUUAGUCUUAGUUAACAAGUACCAUUGCUACGAUGAUAAUCUAUGCCACAUCUUGUCAAAACUUCAGAGAUAACUUCUAUAAGAAUAAAGUAAUUUGAAUGACAUUUUUAAUAUAUUCAUUUUGCAUUAUCUAUUAUAGCAAGAACGGCCAGCUCUUUAUUCACUUCUUACAUAAUCUUUAAGUUAAUUGUUUGUAAUCAUUGAUAAUCAUUUAAUCCUUGGAUCUCUAUAUAUUUGCACCCAUUGCAUUGCACAGUGUAUGUUUGUUUUGUUUUGUUUUAAAGAGAAAAGGUGCAUUUCUUGAAAAAAAAAAAUUAUGUACACAUCUGUGUAACACUCUCAUGUAUUUUUAUAAGCCCACAUGGAAAUAUGGUCGUAUAUUGCCGUCGCCCCCGUCUGUCCGUCUGUCGUCCACAAUUUCUUGUUAACACUCUACAGACUACAUUUAUCAUCUGAUUGUUUUGAAAUUGAUAUAUGUUGUUUGCAUUAGUGAGAUGAAGAAUCCUAUUUAAUUUCAAUAACUUCUGUUAUUUUCUUCUGGAGUUAUGACCCUUGUUUCACUUUGUUGUACCUUGUGAAUGCUCUGACGACAAAAUUUAUUAUCUGAUCUGUAUGAAAUUUAUAUGUAUCGUUUAAAUUAGUAAAAUGAACAAGCCUAUUGAGUUUAAGCAAAUUUCUAUUAAUUUAAAUCUAGAGUUAUGGCCCUUGUUUCACUUUGUUGAAUCUUGUGAUUGCUCGAAUGACAAAAGUUAUCACCUAAUCUGUAUGAAAUUCAUAUGGAUCAUUUAAAUUAGUGAAAUGAAGAAGCCUAUUGAAUGUCAGCAAUUUCCGUCAAUUACUUCUAGAGUUAUGGCCCUUGUUUUACUUUGUUGAAGCUUGUGAACGUUCGAACGACAAAAGUUAUCAUCUGAUCUGUAUGAAAUCUUUAUGCAUUUUUUGAAUUAGUAAAACGAAAAAGCCUGUCGAAUUUCAACAAGUUCUGUAGAUUACUUCCAGUGUUAUGGCCCUUGUUUUAUUUUUUAGAACCGUGUGAACCCUUAAACAAGGAAAAUUAUAAUGUCAUCUGUAUUAAAUUGUCUAUUAAAUGCCCCUAAUUACCUACAAAAGAAUAAAUAUGUGACAACCCUUGUCAACCGCUUGGACGAUUUAGCUGCUGUGGGCGUAUAUUUUGUUGCCUGGCAACCUAUCUUUACCAUUGCCAUUUAUAUAAAGUAUAAAUUCCUGAUCUCAAAGAAUCUCAAUAUUAGUUACAGUGAAUGGUCAUACAAUUAUAUCCAUAUUUUUUAAAGGGAAAAUCCUCUUUUUUUAUGAAGAAAUAUGUUAACAGGAAGCGAUACUGGUAGAAAAUUGACAUAUAGUAUAUAGAGACUUGUACUGUUAAAGAUCCAUUGACCAUAUACAUACAAUGUGUCGAGUCUCAUACUGGAGAUAUCAUUCAGUACUGAACAGUAGUGUCGUAUUCCAUUCAAUUGUUUUCUGUGCAUAUUCAGUCCAAUUACUAAAUGGCACUGUACCAUUUACAACUAUAUACUUUAACUUACAUAAGGCUGUGUUCCUAAUACUAGAUGAUAUCAAUAUAUAUUUUUUAUGAAAUUAAUAUUAUCGUAAUCCAUACAAUUAUUUCCGGUGUAUAUCCAGUCCAAUUACUGAAUGGCACUGAACCAUUUAUACCUUAUACUUUAACUUACAUAAGGCUGUGUUAUAUAUUUUUUAUGUAAUUAUUGAUGUUAUUGUUUCCCAAUUAUUGUAUAAAAAUAUCUAUUUUGUUAGUUAAUUGAUGCAGAAAAGAAGUUUAUUAUAUUUUUUACCUACAAAUGAGAGGAAUAUUUUUUAAAGCUUUUGUUUAUAUUGAAAAUGAUUGAAAACAUAUUAUCAGAAACUAUUGAAAUAAAUUUUAUAUAC